CAGAAAGAAUUAGUCAAAAUGCAGGCAGGGCACAGGAAAAAGCAGUAGGGACAAAAUGUAUGUGAAAUGAAAAUGACAGUUUCUAAAAUUUUUAAAUUUGCCGCUGGUUCUGGCCCCCGUACAUCCCGACAUCACAGGGACCGGAACACGGAAGCUGGAUGCCGGCAUCGGCCUGGAGGAGAUGGCUGGGGACGCUGCACGGGACGCAUCGCGGGAACGAAGGACAAGGUAAGCGCUGCAGGGAAUCCCUGACCAACGCUGCAUGGUAAGCCCGAGUGUAGCUCGGGGAUUACCGCUUUUGGUACUGAAA